AUGUCGGAUGAGGCGCGGCUCGGUUCGCUAACCGCCUUCCGCGAGCGCGUCGCGGCCAUGCCGGGGGCGGCCGAGGCGGCGGCUGAGAGGGCGAAAGCGCACGAUGCGCGGCUUACCAAGCCGGCCGGUGCGUUGGGCCGGCUGGAAGCGCUCGCCCAGUGGGCUGCCGCAUGGCAAGGGGAUCAUCCGCCGCGCGCGGAGCGUAUCCAAGUGCUGGUCUUCGCCGGCAAUCACGGCGUGGCGGCGCUCGGCGUCUCCGCCUAUCCCGCGACGGUGACCGCACAGAUGGUGGCCAAUUUCGAGGCCGGCGGCGCCGCUAUCAACCAGCUCUGCGACGUGUUGGGCGCUGAGUUGACGGUGGUGCCCCUCGAUCUGGAGACGCCCACCGAGGACAUGACCCAGGCGCCGGCGCUGGGCGAGGCGGACUGCGUCGCGGCGCUGGAGGCCGGAAUGGCCGCGGUGGACGAGGGCGCCGACCUGCUCUGCCUCGGCGAGAUGGGAAUCGGCAACACCACCGCCGCAGCCGCGCUGGCGGCGGCUCUCUGCGGCGGCGACGGCGCAACGUGGGUGGGGCCGGGGACUGGCGUCGAUGCCGAAGGCCUCGCGCGCAAGGCGGCCGUGGUCGAUGCGGCACUCGCGCGCCAUGCCCGCGCCCGGCACGAUCCGCUUGCCGCGCUCACCUGUGUCGCUCACCGCUCGGCGGAACCGGGGCAUCGGCGGCUGCUGGAGGCGCUGGCACUCGAACCGCUGCUCGACCUCGGCUUGCGCCUCGGCGAAGCCUCGGGCGCGGCCCUUGCCGCCGCCCUCGUGCGCAUGGCGAUUGCCGCUCACAACGGCAUGGCGACCUUCGACUCAGCCGGGGUCAGCGGCCCGGCAGACUGA